AUGCCGUUCCGAUGUCCGACGUCCACACUAUGUGAGUUUUUUGUUACUUUUUCAAUUAUAUUAUUUUUUUUACUUGUAUCACCCUCGACCUAAACUCGCGUACUCGCGUUAGAAUACUUCUGGCGCGUUAAGCCUAAGCCUUUCUUGCGUCUAAAUUCCUUUAAUGGUUUUAAGAUGUCCCAAAUUUUCAAAAUUAGUGCGUGACUCUUCCUGUUGUUCUUUGGGCGGCGGUCAGACCGUGGAAUGGUUCAUUUUGGUAUUCCCAGUGGAUCUACUUGGUCUGACGCGUUCUUAAGUGGACCCUAUAGCGGGAAGGGUCUAGAGUCGAUGGGUAGAAAAUGAGGCUCUGCGGAACGGAAAAAGACGUUCUGGGAUCUCAUUCCAGCACUGUCGUUCAGUUCUGCUGGCCGACAUUUUUCACAAUAUCGAGAUAAUUCCGAUUCUUUUGAUUAUUCACUCAAGUGGUUACUUUCAGAUCUCCCGGAGAAGCCAGAAGGUUCACGAAAAAGACAGCUGAGACGCCUUGAAUCCUCUGUUGUCUAUGACUCGAGUUGGAGCAGAAACAAGCAAACUUUGCAGUUCGAGAGGGUGAUUUUAAAACAAAAAACAAAUCCGAUUUCAGAAAAUUCCAAAGAUCCCACGACCUAAACUCGCGUACUUGCGUUAGAAUACUUCUGGCGCGUUAAGCCUAAGCCUUUCUUGCGUCUAAAUUCCUUUAAUGGUUUUAAGAUGUCCCAAAUUUUCAAAAUUAGUGCGUGACUCUUCCUGUUGUUCUUUGGGCGGCGGUCAGACCUUGGAAUGGUUCAUUUUGGUAUUCCCAGUGGAUCUACUUGGUCUGACGCGUUCUUAAGUGGACCCUAUAGCGGGAAGGGUCUAGAGUCGAUGGGUAGAAAAUGAGGCUCUGCGGAACGGAAAAAGACGUUCUGGGAUCUCAUUCCAGCACUGUCGUUCAGUUCUGCUGGCCGACAUUUUUCACAAUAUCGAGAUAAUUCCGAUUCUUUUGAUUAUUCACUCAAGUGGUUACUUUCAGAUCUCCCGGAGAAGCCAGAAGGUUCACGAAAAAGACAGCUGAGACGCCUUGAAUCCUCUGUUGUCUAUGACUCGAGUUGGAGCAGAAACAAGCAAACUUUGCAGUUCGAGAGGGUGAUUUUAAAACAAAAAACAAAUCCGAUUUCAGAAAAUUCCAAAGAUCCCACGACCUAAACUCGCGUACUCGCGUUAGAAUACUUCUGGCGCGUUAAGCCUAAGCCUUUCUUGCGUCUAAAUUCCUUUAAUGGUUUUAAGAUGUCCCAAAUUUUCAAAAUUAGUGCGUGACUCUUCCUGUUGUUCUUUGGGCGGCGGUCAGACCGUGGAAUGGUUCAUUUUGGUAUUCCCAGUGGAUCUACUUGGUCUGACGCGUUCUUAAGUGGACCCUAUAGCGGGAAGGGUCUAGAGUCGAUGGGUAGAAAAUGAGGCUCUGCGGAACGGAAAAAGACGUUCUGGGAUCUCAUUCCAGCACUGUCGUUCAGUUCUGCUGGCCGACAUUUUUCACAAUAUCGAGAUAAUUCCGAUUCUUUUGAUUAUUCACUCAAGUGGUUACUUUCAGAUCUCCCGGAGAAGCCAGAAGGUUCACGAAAAGGACAGCUGAGACGCCUUGAAUCCUCUGUUGUCUAUGACUCGAGUUGGAGCAGAAACAAGCAAACUUUGCAGUUCGAGAAGGUGAUUUUAAAACAAAAAACAAAUCCGAUUUCAGAAAAUUCCAAAGAUCCCACGACCUAAACUCGCGUACUUGCGUUAGAAUACUUCUGGCGCGUUAAGCCUAAGCCUUUCUUGCGUCUAAAUUCCUUUAAUGGUUUUAAGAUGUCCCAAAUUUUCAAAAUUAGUGCGUGACUCUUCCUGUUGUUCUUUGGGCGGCGGUCAGACCGUGGAAUGGUUCAUUUUGGUAUUCCCAGUGGAUCUACUUGGUCUGACGCGUUCUUAAGUGGACCCUAUAGCGGGAAGGGUCUAGAGUCGAUAGGUAGAAAAUGAGGCUCUGCGGAACGGAAAAAGACGUUCUGGAAUCUCCUUCCAGCACUGUCGUUCAGUUCCGCUGGCCGACAUGUCCCAGAAAAAAGUUUUCGUCGUUCAACUAAAUCUUCAAAAUAUUACUAGUUUGCAGGUCGCUGUGUGA